UACUGUUAACUAUCGGGCUGACGGAGCGACAGAUAUGUUGGAUUAUGCCACAGAUACUUGGGCAACGCAAAUAUACAAAUCUGUGAUAGAACGGCUAGCAAUAUAGUCUAUUGAAUUCCAAUGACAGAAAGAUAUUCAAAGUUAUAUUACGAUAGUUAGCGCUGCCAAACACGGUGUUGUUCAAUUGGUUAUAUGUGUCAUUGUUAAUCUGCCUAACUUGUAAUUUAACUAUAUAGAUCACUAAAUCAGACAUACCCGUAAUUUUGUUGCAUAAGAUAGUUCGCCAGGUGACCUAAUUUUAUUGUUGUCUAGUAGCGGAGAACAGCAAAGGUGAUGUUUUUUGAACCAAUGGGUGCUGACUCAGAGCUUGCUCGUUAGUCGUUACGCCUUCGAUAAUGACGGAAGUCUGCCAACUAGUUUGUUCGUUCGUUUUCAAGUCACUGCAAUAAUGCACUUUGAGUCCACUGUUGUCGCUACGAGUCGUACGAGUUCAUGAGCGCAAAAUAAUGACUUGUGUAUUGUUCAAUUGAAAUGGUAGGGAAAUGAUCAAACCAAGCAUGAAAAUACGACGAAAUAUACCGAGACUGCUCAGUCACCUUGAUAUGAAAUGGUUUACCAUGGUUUUAUUAAUUAACAUUUUGAGAAUAUUGAAUAAUUAUGCUACGUUUUUGUAAAAUAAAGUGAUCAUUUUCUAGGCUCAUUUUGCAAAUUAAUUAUAUCUUUCGUCAAGCAUUGAAUAUACGUUAUCUCCUUCAUACUUUUCAAAGUUUUUAUAUUUAUUGCAUAAUGAAGAUAAUAUGCGCUGGCUUAGGUAAAACCGGUACGAAAACCAUUGCCGAAGCACUGAGAAUUAUUGGCUACAAUGUUCACGAUGUAUUCGAACAAUUUCAUUAUGACAAAGAAUUAUGGGACAAGAUUUUAGACAAUACCGCUACAAUACAAGAUUACCAACGGAUUCUAGGGAAUGUCGAUGCAGUGAUGGAUUGGCCUGCAGCAGCGGUUUGGGAGAAUAUAAUGGAAGCGUUUCCAGACGCAAAGGUUAUCCUAACUGUGAGAUCAAGCGAAGACGAAUGGUAUGAAAGCAUGAAAAACCAUUUUGAAGUUACCAACAAGUUUGCUCCAACGAAUGAAAUGGUGUUGUACCUUUUUCAUCUAUUAUUUGCCGGUCCUCUACGUCGCGAGUUCCAUCAAUUGGAGAAUGCUUUCAUUCCACCUUAUCUUGGUGUUCCUCGAAUGUUUGGCAAGCCUCGGGAAACGUUUUUAAGGUCAAGAUAUCGUCAGCAUAAUUUGUACGUUAAAUCGAUAUGCCCAAGUCAAAAACUUUUAGUCUACAACGUGAAAGAUGGCUGGAAACCACUGUGUGAAUUUCUUAACGUUGAAAUUCCCCAUAAACCUUUCCCAAUUGAAAAUGUCAGAAGUGAAAUAAUUCGUAAAUAUAUGAAUAAAACGUGGAAAUACGACUGCGGACUACAGAGAAAAAUAGAGAAACAAGUUAUUUUUCGAUUAGGAACACUGUUAAUCAUAAUUAUUUCAAUAGUGUUUUUUAUAUUUUUUUGAUACGUAUAGUAAACUAUUUUACA